AUGGUAGAUCAGAGGAUGAAGGAAGAUGAGAAGAGAGAAGCUGUCAGAGAGCAGGACGACAAGACAAAACACGAGAUGAGUCAGGAGAUUACUCAAAUUCCAGCUGCGAGGAGGCUUCGUUUCAAAGAGCUGAGUGCAAGCAAACUCCUUGUUUCAUGGAAGGAGCCUAAAGGAGACUUUGACAGCUAUCUGUUCCUCUACAACAGCAUACCAGGUGGUCAUCAGAAGGAGAUCAUAGUAUCUAAAUCUGACAGCAAGGUGUUGAUAACAGACUACAAUCCCCUUAAAGACUACAUCGUCAGUGUCAUUGCUGUCAGCGGGAGCGAGCAGAGUAGACCACUAAAGGGCAGACAUAAAGCUCAAAGAGGUGAGAGUGAUGGAAGAGACAAGACUGAACCCCAGAGGCUGACUGAUUCAGUUGUACAUCCUGAGGAUGCCAACGAGAUCUCCGGAGUUGAUCAGUUUGUUUGCCACACUGAGGCUAUAGCAGACAUCGUGAUCCUAGUGGACGGCUCCUGGAGUAUCGGUCGGCUCAACUUUCGGCUGGUCCGCAUGUUCCUGGAAAACCUGGUUAAUGCCUUUGAUGUUGGUUUUGAUAAAACAAGAAUAGGUCUCGCUCAGUACAGUGGUGAUCCCCGGAUAGAGUGGCAUCUAAAUGCUUUUACUACGAAAGAUGCUGUCAUCGAUGCUGUCAAGAACCUUCCUUACAAAGGAGGAAACACUCUCACAGGCCUCGCAUUGACCUAUAUCCUGGAGAACUGUUUCAAGCCUGAGUCUGGCGCACGGGUUGGUGUACCAAAGAUUGGGAUCCUCAUUACAGAUGGCAAGUCUCAGGAUGAUGUUAUACCCCCUGCAGAGAGCCUACGAAAUGCCGGUGUCGAGCUGUUUGCCAUUGGUGUAAAGAAUGCUGAUGAGAAUGAGCUGCGCUCCAUCGCCUCAGAUCCACAAAACACUCAUGUCUAUAAUGUGGCCGACUUCAACAUCAUGAGCUCCAUCGUCGAGGGACUGACCAAAACAGUGUGUGAACAAGUGGAGCUGCAAGACAAGGACAUCAAGCAGAAGCAGACACCGGAGAUGAUAGGGGCGCCUGGUGAUCUGCUGACAUCAGAGGUUACGGCCCGGAGCUUUCGGGUUACGUGGAGCCACGCCCCAGGAAAUGUAGAGAAAUACAGAGUGGUUUAUUAUCCUUCGCAGGGAGGACAACCACAGGAGGCUGUCGUAGACGGCAGUGAGACUUCAGUGGUGCUGCAGCAUCUCAGCUCUCUCACUGAAUACCAGCUGGCUGUGUUUGCUGUGUAUGCAAACGAGGCAAGUGAAGCUCUGAGAGGAUCAGAAACAACCCUGGUUCUUCCUACAGUGACGGGCCUCAAGCUGUUGGAUGUGACUCACAGCACCAUAAAAGCAAGAUGGAACAGUGUGAACGGAGUAUCUGGCUACAUGUUGCUGUAUGCACCUCUAAUAGAUGACGGAGACUUGGAUGAGAAAGAGGUGAAGGUAUCAGAUGCUGUGACAGAGCUGGAGCUGGAUGGACUGACCCCUAACACUGACUACACUGUUACUGUUUAUGCAAUGUAUGGAGAUGAGGCCAGUGACCCCAUUACAAGCCAGGAAACUACAUUACCACUAAGCCCUCCCAGCAACCUUCAGUUCUCUGACAUCACACACAACUCCGCCCACAUCAGCUGGGACCCCGUGCCCAGAGGAGUUAAAGGUUAUCGCAUCAUGUGGAUCAAGACAGAUGAACUACUCACAGAGGAGGUAGAGGUGGGUCCAGUGAACUCUUAUGAUCUCAGUGAACUGACAUCGUUGAUGGAGUACUCAGUGGCCAUCUCUGCUCUGUAUGACAAUGGCCAAUCGGAGCCACUCACUGAUGGAUUCACUACCACUCCAGUACCUGGUCCUCUGAAUCUCCGCUCCAGUGAUGUCAGUACGGACAGCUUCCAGGUCAGCUGGGAUCACUCAGCUAAUGACAUCAUUCUCUAUAGACUCUCCUGGGCACCGUUCACAGGCGGCGACACAAAGGAGGUGGUCUUGAGUGGAAGUGAUAAUAGAUACAUCCUGAGUGCACUGAGUCCCUCCACUGAGUAUGAAGUUAUGUUGACAGCCGUAUUCAAAGACGAAUCAGAGAGUGACACCAUCUCUGUCAUCGAAACCACAUUGGCCAAGAUGACAACGAUUGCUACCACAACCACAGUGGCACGUCAGGCAGUGAGAAACCUUCAGCUGAGUGAUGAGACCACCCAGAGUUUAGAGGCAUCAUGGGAACUGGAAGACCCUAACGUGAAGCUCUACAGGGUGUCCUAUGCCGGCUUCAAGGGCGAUCACAAAGAGGAGUCUGUGUUAGUUCCUGGCGGUCAGAGGAGAGCAGUGAUCCAGCCUUUACUAUCAGACACCCAGUACAAAGUGACAGUCACACCGGUUUACACUGACGGACAAGAUGGCAUCAGUGUUUCUGCCCUGGGCGCCACAUUGCCCCUCUUGUCUCCUGGAAACAUACGUGUGUCAGAAGAGUGGUACAGCCGCUUCAGGGUCACCUGGGAUCCUCCUCAGUAUCCUGUUUUGGGUUACAGGAUCGUCUACCAACCCGUCUAUGUUCCGGGGCCAGUUUUGGAGACAACAGUAGGCGAGGAUUUGAACUCCAUCGUCCUCCUUAAUCUACUAAGUGGGAUCGAGUACAGUGUCCAAGUAUCAGCUUCCUACCCUGCAGGACAAAGUGAACCACUGCUACAGAAUGCUAAGACAUUGUUCCUGGGUGUCUCUGGCUUGUCAACCUACCAGGUGCGUCCCAACAGCAUGUGUGUCCAGUGGAAGCCUCUCCCACAUGCUACAUUAUACAGAGUCUCCAUACAGUCUACACUCAAUGGCCAGAAGCAGGAAGUGAGCCUGGGAGGCGGGGCUUCCCGACAAUGCUUCUAUGACCUCACUCCCAGCAGCCAAUACCAGAGCAGCGUUCAAACCCAUAUGCAGGAAAUGGAGGGCCCUCCUGUCUCCAUCACCGACAUGACACUGCCAGCACCCACUCAGGCUCCGACUGAACCCCCUGUCACAGAGCCCCCUCCCACCGUCCCACCUGCUAAAGAAGUGUGUAAGGAGGCAAAGGCUGACCUGGCAUUCCUGGUCGAUGGUUCUUGGUCCAUCGGAGACGAUAACUUCAUGAAGAUUACACGUUUCCUCUACAGCACCAUGGGAUCACUGGAUCUGAUUGGACCAGAUGGCACCCAGGUGGCCAUUGCUCAGUUCAGUGAUGAUGCCCGGACAGAAUUCCAGCUGAGUUCCCAUGGCAACAAGGAAGCGCUGCUGGAGGCUAUUCAGAAGAUCAGAUAUAAAGGAGGAAACACUAAGACAGGUCGAGCCAUCAAACAUGUGAAAGAAUCCAUUUUCACGUCAGAGGCCGGAGCCAGACGUGGAGUCCCGAAGGUCCUGGUUGUCCUCACUGACGGCCGCUCACAAGAUGACGUCAACAAAGUCUCCAAGGAAAUGCAGAUGGAUGGCUAUAUAAUCUUUGCAAUUGGAUUUGCGGACGCGGAUUAUGGGGAACUGGUGAAUAUAGCCAGUAAACCCAGUGAUAGACAUGUCUUCUUUGUGGACGAUUUGGAUGCUGUGAAGAAAAUAGAAGAACAACUCAUUACCUUUGUGUGCGAGGCUGCCACUGCCACUUGUCCAUCUGUUUUGAUGAGUGGUAACACAAUGGCAGGCUUCCGUAUGAUGGAGAAGUUUGGCCUGGUGGAAAAGGAGUACAGCACCAUACCUGGAGUUUCUCUGGAGCCAGGCUCAUUCAACAGUUACCCUUGUUACAGGUUACACCAUAACGCACUGGUGUCACAGCCCACCAAGUAUCUUCAUCCUGAAGGUUUACCCUCCGACUAUACCAUUUCUAUGAUGCUCCGCCUCCUUCCUGAGACUCCACAGGAGCCCUUUGCAUUGUGGGAAAUCCUCAAUAAGGACAAUGAACCAUUGGUGGGAAUAAUCCUGGAUAACUCUGGAAAGACCUUAACGUUCUUCAACUACAACUACAAAGGAGAUUUUCAGACAGUCACCUUUGAAGGAAAUGAAAUCAAGAAAAUCUUCCAUGGCAGUUUCCACAAGCUCCAUGUGACCAUCAGCAAGACAGCUGUGAAGGUGGUGUUAGACUGCUCCGUCGUCGGGGAGAAAGCUAUCAGUGCAGCUGGUAACAUCACCACAGAUGGUGUGGAGAUCCUGGGACGGAUGGUCCGGUCCAGAGGCCAACGGGACAACUCUGCUCCAUUUCAGCUCCAGAUGUUUGAUAUCAUCUGCAGCACAUCCUGGGCCAGCAGAGAUAAGUGUUGUGAACUGCCAGCACUGAGAGUUGAAGAGCAGUGCCCUUCUUUGCCUCAUGCCUGUACCUGUUCCCAGGACAGCAAGGGACCUGCAGGACCACCCGGACCUCCUGGCGGUCCAGGCAUAAGGGGAGCCAGAGGAGACAGAGGAGAGCCAGGAGUGACGGGACCUCAAGGGCCAAUGGGAGAGAUUGGCUCUGCUGGACCCCCGGGACCACCUGGUCCUCAGGGACCCAGCGGGCUCUCUAUUCAGGGCCCUCCGGGUGCUGCUGGGGAAAAGGGAGAGAGAGGAGAGAUAGGUCCAGCUGGACAGAUGGGUGUUCCUGGAAGUUCGGGCUCCCCUGGCAGAGAUGGCCCCCCAGGAGCAAGGGGUCUGCCGGGUAAUAGUGGACCACAGGGACGACAGGGACCUCCUGGACCCAUUGGAUCCCCGGGAGCACCUGGAGCUUCAGGAUCAGGUGGGCCAUCGGGGGCUCCAGGGGAUCAAGGAAUUCCAGGUCCUGCUGGUACCAAAGGAGAUAAGGGAGAAAGAGGUGAUGUGCAGUCCCAAGCUGCAGUGCGUGCAAUUGCACGGCAAGUAUGUGAACAGCUCAUCCAGAGCCACUUGUCUCGCUAUAACUCCAUCCUGAACCAGAUCCCCGUCCAGUCUGCAGUGUCAGUCCGAACAGUACCUGGACCGCCAGGAGAGCCGGGCCGAAGAGGUCUCCCGGGACCUCAAGGCGAGCAAGGUCCUGCAGGCAGACCAGGUUUCCCUGGUACCAACGGCCAGAACGGACGACCAGGAGAGAGAGGUCUGUCAGGAGAGAAGGGGGAGAGGGGGACUCCAGGUGUUGGGAAUCAGGGACCUCGAGGACCACCCGGACCUCCAGGCUCACCAGGUGAAGGACGGACAGGCAGUCAGGGCCCUAGUGGUCGGCCUGGUAACCCAGGGUCACCAGGAAGACCGGGGAAUCCGGGUACCACUGGACCAACCGGCCCACCAGGAUACUGUGACCAGAACUCAUGUCUGGGAUACAAUGUUGGAGUCCAACCGCUGCCUCAUGGCGGCUACCAGCCCUACAAUCCGCCCUACAACCAGCCGUACAACCCUGCUGCAGAGGAGGAAGAGGAGGACCAGGAGAACCCCUAUUAUCGCAGAUACCCCUCUCAGUACUACCCCCAACGGCCCUCCCCGCUGGCUCACGGUCGCCACGGUUACCGCUCGAGCCCCACCCACUCUGAGGACGUGGAGCUGAGGUCGCCGGGCGUCGUCAGGAGGUUUUCGCGUGAUGUCGUCGUUAUAGAGGAGAGCAAGGAGGCAGGACUUAAGAGGAUGAAGGAUGGACUCACCUCAAGUGCUUGA